AUGGAUGCUGAAGGGUCCGCCGUUGAGCGUGGGAGAGAGAGAGAUAAAGAGAGGUGGGGACAAAUUGGGUUUGGGAAUGGGAACGUAAAUGUCCAUAUUACUGUCAUGUACCGAGGUACCGGCGACCCAAAGAUUAUACCUUUAGCCGAAAAAGGGGCGAAAUUCGAAGAAAAAGGCGAGAUCUUGCAAGAAGAAGAACAUAACUCGAAAGUGGAAAGAGAAAUUGAAUCGGGAAUAAAGGAAUUAGGGUUUGAUAUGAAGGCCAAAGAAGAAAUCAAGUGUCGUUUGACGGGCCGAGAUUAG